AGGUGGAAAGAGUGUUGUUAUUAUUGCGCUGUGAGACCCGCGGUAAUGGAUGGCUUUUGGAGAGGAUUCUGCACUCUUUUUCUCACAACACUCGUUUUUGAAGAAGUUACAGGGCUCAGGAUCAGGAAUGAAGAGCUGAGAAAAUGUGUGCAGGUAAAUGAAGUACAAGUCAACAGUUGGUUAACCCUCCAAGAGUGUAGAGAGGAUUCAGUUCUACAAGAAUGGAAGUGGAACCCCGAGACUCGCUCCCUCAGCAACCCACAUACGGGAGAGUGUUUAACGGCACCCCAGAUCCAGGAGCAUGAAAGUGUUUGGCUGCAAGCUUGCAGAUCAGAAGAGGAAGAUUGUGAGGGACAGACCUGGAGUUGCUCUAAAAAGAGUCUCCUGACAUUACAUGGCAAAGGUCUGCACCUGAGCGCACAGCACAAUUCCUCCAAGGUCUUCCUUUCCAAAGACCGCGGGAAAGGCAGCAAGUGGAGGACAUUGGCCAAUCAAACGGUAUGCGAGGAUACGGACAGCAUACAUCAUGGCCAGAAUGUGUUACAAGAGUCUCAGCAGACACUUUCAGCUGGACCCCGAAUCAUCACUAAAAUUCAUUAUUGGCAUUUUUGGAGUAAUGGCCUUACAGCCCCUAAGUCCACUGAGGUGACACAGACUAAAGAGGCAUCACCUGAACCUCAAAGUAGCAUGGAGCCUGGGGAACCUUCUGUGAAUUUCUUUACUACAGAUUACGGAACAGGAUGGAAAAUGACAAUGUUGCUUUUGAGCACUUUGGCCCUGCUUCUUGGACUUAUAAUCCUGAUCCUUAACAUCUAUCAGAACAGUAGGAAGGAGACUGUUGUGGUGCUGAAAUCCUACACUCCAACUGGAGAGGUCAGUCAACCAGGGUCUCCGGUGCCUAGUGAGAGAGCUCCUCUUACCCAACACCCCAUGAAACAGGCCCAGUCACCUUCCAUUCAGCGAGGGGAAAUCCUUGUUGAGUGGAAAGAUGGAACAGUCACCCCACUGUUUGAAACUUACCUUACCGACUAAGCUCAAUACUUUGUUACAUUAAAAAAUUAGUUCACCCAAAAAUGAAAAUUCUCUCAUUUACUCACCCUCAUGCCAUCCCAGAUGUGUAUGGCAUUCUUUCUUCUGCUGAACAAACAAAGAUUUUUAGAAGAAUACUUUAGUCAACAUAAUGCAAGUGAAUGGUGGCCAAAACUUUGAAGGUCCAAAAAGCAUAUAAAGGCAGCAUAAAAGUAAUCCAUAAGACUCCAGUAAUUUAAUCAAUAGCUCCAGAAGCUAUAUGAUAGGUGUGGGUAAAAAAACGUAUCAAUAUGUAGUUCUUUUUUUACUAUAAAUCUGCACUUUCACAUUCUGCUUCUUUUGAUUUAUGGCAUUUCAAAUUCUUUGUGCAUAUUGCCAGAAUUUAUAGUAAUAAAGGAAUUAAAUAUUGAUCAGUUUCUCACCCUCACCUAUCAUAUCACUUCUGAAUAUAUAAAUGUAACCACUGGAGUCAUAUGGAUUACUUUUAUGCAGCUUUUAUAUACUUUUUGGACCUUGAAAGUUCUGGCCACCAUUCACUUGCAUUGCAUGGACCUACAGAGCUGAGAUAUUCUUCUAAAAAUCUUUGUUUGUGUUCUGCAGAAGAAAGACAGUCAUACACAUCUGGGAUGGCAUGAGGGUGAUUAAAUAUUGAGAAUGCUUUCAUUUUUGGUUGAACGAUCCCUUUCACGUUAUGUGGGAUCAAAAGGUAAGAGUGGAGACAUUAUGUUGUUAAAUUGUGUUUUUGUGCCAAGAUCCGAUUGAAGAAAUAGGUAAAAGAAACUUGUGUAUCACUCCCAAGCACACUGAUAGAACUGUGGUGGUGGUGGUUUUAGUCACAUAUGCAACAUGUUAAAAAAUCCCAGAUAUCUGUUUACUUUGCUCUUGCAAAAAGAAUGCUAUCCCUCAUUAUCACAAAACUGAGGUUGGGUCCAGAUCAAAGACAAUGUUCUGUUACUUGCCAAAGAAAUAUAUAAGGUAAUGUCAGGUCAAAUACAGUUCACAUCUUAAAGUAGCAAAAGAUGUAAUAUUUAUACUGCAAGCUCAUCUAAUUGUUAAAUGUAUUGUUCAAUCUAUUAUUGAAAAGAAUAAUACAUUGAACAUGCCUUGAUAAAACCACUAAAUAUUAGUAUUAACAUUUCAUUGAAGUGAUUUGAAGCCAGAAUGUUUUGUUUAACACAUGUUCAGGUAGAAUAGUUUUGAAUUGCACAAGCCUAGCUGUAAUUGUUGUUUUUUUUUUUUUUUUUGCUUUGUUUUUGCAAAGGGAAUUAGAAUUUGUUUUGUUUAAUUAUUAUUAAUACUAUUGAAAAUGUUUUAAUCGCUUGUAAAAUAGUUAUACUUAACAUUUCUAAAUAAAUGA